UGGCGUUCAUUUCAUUCCUGUCCUCAUUCCGAACAUUCUUAGCAUCGCUCGCGCCGCGCCGCGCCGCCCGAGCCGAGCCGAGCCUCUGCAGCCGCCGCCGCGGCCCCGCCGCCCGCCGCGGGCGCCCACCAAGCACUUUGCAGACUCGCUUCCACCUUGAGGGCCAGUCCGCGCGGCGGGGCCCGGGCCCGGGGCGGCCGCGUCCGGGGACAGGUCAUGCAGUGAACCCCCCCACCCCGUCCACCUUUGCCCGGAGCCGCGGGCAGCAGCCCAGUGCGCCCAGCCGGCCCCGGGGCAGGAGCGGUGCUAGGCAGGGGUGGGGUGGCCGGCCCGGGGACCGGGAGCCGGGGAGGGAGCCGGGCACCGAGCUGAGGGCGGGGGAAGCGGCGCCGAAGUUUGCCUCGGACGCGCCGGGCGCUGCGGCGGCUCCCUUGGCCGAGGACUGUUGCUGCCGCCGCCGCCGCCGCUUCAUUGCACAUUCAAGUGGAAAAUUUUCAGGAGUCAGCAGAAACAUUGUGUCCAAAAAAGACCGAGUCGCAGUUACCACCAAACCCUGGAGGAGACUCUCCCUGGAAAACUUCCCUUCGGUUUAUUUUCUUGAAAAGGCUCCAGGCUUCGGCUUGGAAAAUCCAACCGCCAAAAUUGAGCCUAGCAGCUGGAGCGGCAGUGAGAGCCCUGCCGAAAACAUGGAAAGGAUGAGUGACUCUGCAGAUAAGCCGAUUGACAACGAUGCCGAAGGGGUCUGGAGCCCCGACAUUGAGCAGAGCUUUCAGGAAGCCUUGGCUAUCUAUCCACCGUGUGGGAGGAGGAAAAUCAUCUUAUCAGACGAAGGCAAGAUGUAUGGUAGGAAUGAAUUGAUAGCCAGAUACAUCAAACUCAGGACAGGGAAGACGAGGACCAGAAAACAGGUGUCUAGUCAUAUACAGGUCUUAGCAAGAAAGAAAGUUCGAGAAAUUCAAGCCGCCAUUAAGGAUCAGACUGCAAAGGAUAAGGCCCUGCAGCACAUGGCCGCCAUGUCCUCAGCCCAGAUCGUCUCGGCCACUGCCAUUCACAACAAGCUGGGGCUGCCAGGGAUCCCACGCCCCACCUUCCCUGGGGCGCCGGGGUUCUGGCCGGGAAUGAUACAAACAGGGCAGCCAGGAUCCUCACAAGACGUCAAGCCCUUCGUGCAGCAGGCCUACCCCAUCCAGCCGGCGGUCACGGCCCCCAUUCCAGGGUUUGAACCUGCAUCAGCCCCAGCUCCCUCGGUCCCUGCCUGGCAGGGCCGCUCCAUUGGCACAACCAAACUUCGCCUGGUGGAAUUCUCAGCUUUUCUCGAACAGCAGCGAGACCCAGACUCGUACAACAAACACCUCUUCGUGCACAUUGGGCAUGCCAACCAUUCUUACAGUGACCCAUUGCUCGAAUCAGUGGACAUUCGUCAGAUUUAUGACAAAUUUCCUGAAAAGAAAGGUGGCUUAAAGGAACUGUUUGGAAAGGGCCCUCAAAAUGCCUUCUUCCUCGUAAAAUUCUGGGCCGAUUUAAACUGCAAUAUUCAAGAUGAUGCCGGGGCUUUUUACGGUGUAACCAGUCAGUAUGAGAGCUCUGAAAACAUGACAGUCACCUGUUCCACCAAAGUUUGCUCCUUUGGGAAGCAAGUAGUAGAAAAAGUAGAGACGGAGUAUGCAAGGUUUGAGAAUGGCCGCUUUGUGUACCGAAUAAACCGCUCCCCGAUGUGUGAAUAUAUGAUCAACUUCAUCCACAAGCUCAAACACUUACCAGAGAAAUAUAUGAUGAACAGUGUUUUGGAAAACUUCACAAUUUUAUUGGUGGUAACAAACAGGGAUACACAAGAAACUCUCCUCUGCAUGGCCUGUGUAUUUGAAGUUUCAAAUAGUGAACACGGAGCACAACAUCAUAUUUACAGGCUUGUAAAGGACUGAACAUGGUUAUUUAUAUAUAUAGAUAUCUGUAUAUACACACACACACACACACACACACACAUAUGUGCGCGCACACACACACUCUCCAUUAUCGAACGACUGACUGUAAACCUCACCACACAAGGGUGGUGCCCCGGCUCUGAGGUCACCCUGACUUUUCUAAAUCCUGUUUGAGUGAAGUCAUUUUUUCAUGUGUUCAUCCUAUCAUUGUAGCUGUGAAGUUCUGGUACAGUUGUAAAAAGAGAAAUCGAGUUGUUUCUAUGUUCUUCAGAUCUGCAGCCCACAAUUCCUCGGCAAAGUUGAACCUUAAGACCCCAAGUCUCUGUCUGCAGAGACCUGUUUUUCUAAUUGUGGUAGAAAAUACUGAGACAGAGCAUUUGCCAUGGGACAUUUACAGCCUUUAUACAAAUGUAUUUAGUUCUUUUUUUUCCAACAUGAAAUUCUUGUUUUAAGAUACAAGUAAAAUUAAUCUUUAAAUAUAAAUGUAAAUUAGUACACAAAACUAAGAAUCUUUAGACUUAUCUUUGUAACUAAUUAGGGUGGAAGUUAUGAAAGAAUGUAAUUCACUAAAUUAUUUUUUAAAUGAAACUUUUCUUUCUUUUUGAAACCAAAUGUUAAAAUAUAGCCUUAAGAAAUGCUUAGUAGAAGUAUCCUAAUGAGACAAAUUUGUACUUUUUUCCUCAAGGUUAAAACUAAUCUCCUAACCCAUUAAACUCUUGAACAGGUGUUACAAAGGAAGAAAACUUCACCCCUUAUCCUUAACAUAUAUAGUAUAUUUAAAAAUAUAAAAUUGUAUUGUACUAAUGUGAUGAUUGAUUAUUUAAUGAAAAAGAAAAGAUGGCUCUUUUUGCAAUAAGUAGAUAAAUACUGAAAAUCUAAACUUACAAUGUUUAUAGUCUUGUGUGUGCAGUUGUAUUUUAUAUGAACAACCAAAUUUUUUAUUGAGAUGAGUAAAUAUUUGAACGGCUGAAAUUUAAUAGCGAAAAUUUAAAAUUGGCAUGAAUACUGCACUGUGAACUACAAAGUAUAGAAAGUCCUGUGGCUGGGAGAAAAUUUCAUCAACCCAACAAGUAAAAGGCUCAUCAGUUUCACCAUCUCUGCUCCCCAGAAAUUCACAAGCAUCCUCACCAGCCUGUGGAUGAAUUCUUUAUUUCUGGUGAUCCAGUAUGCAUAUUAACCUGCUAACUAUAUGUGUAUGUAUGUGUUUGUGUAUACAUAUAUACACAUAUACAUAUAUAGUCAUUCAACACAUUUAUUGAACAUCUGUUUAGUGUCACUUGGUUUGCUAGGUGCUGGUAUGUAUGCAUAUCUCAAUCUGUCUGUAGAUCUAGAUAGAGUCUCUAAGGCCAUCCAUUUCCUUGACAUCUCUCAAUAAGUCACGUACUUGUUUAAGGUUUAAGAAGCCCAGUUCGCUAUCUCUGACCUUUUCAAAUAGCCUUGUUGGAGAGGUUCUCUUCCCGGGAAAGAUUCAACUUUCCAGCCCACAUAUUCCAAAGCCUGGCCCAGGCAGAGUAGGUUUGAUGUGGCCACAUGUCUUGGGCUGUUUCCAUAAGUGCUUCAUUGGGAAGGGGACAGGGCAUACCUCCCUAACUUCCCAGAGGAAAGGGACAUUUUUAUAAUUGUUUUAGGACUAUGUUGACACAAUAGAUUGUGAAAUAAGUUUUGUAAGUUGUGAAACAGGUCAAGACUUUUUCGUCAAGACAGAAAAUAAAAAUCCAAGUAACUUACACACACCCCCUUCUUGUCCUGCCAUCUGCUCUCACCCUGCUUGUGUAUUGGUUAGUGUCUGGUGGUCAUGAGCAUGAGGAUGUGGCUGGCUCGUGGCAAACAGAAGAACACUGGACCAAGCCUGGCCUCUCCCAAACUCAUGACACUGGUCACUGGCAAGACCAGGGGAGAAAGUGCAAGACUUUUCCCACUUGGAAUGCACAUCCCUUACAUAAACCAGUAGGAUGGUGCCCAUUUUCCCUCCAUAAACAGACUACAGUUUGUUCCCUGAUUCCAAGUGGGCCUUUGAAGGAUUGCCCCGGCUGUCCGCCCUUCCAUCUGCUUUUCAGCCCAAGCAUUCAAGCUUCUUCCAUGGUCAUCGUAUUUAUGGCUUCUAUUGGUUACCCUUCUUAAGUAUAUUUCUUUGGCUCCUAUGUCCUGCAUCUUUCUUCAAGGGAACCCCCACUAUCCCAAGACCAGGACUCUAUGAAGGGGUGCAAAUGAUCGUACGUGGCUCAGAGCCAGGCUAUCUCAGAACUUCAGGGGGAGAGGUACCUGGUUCAUGUUCCCACCCAGGAAUGGGGCUCUUCUGUGCUGCAAGGGGUACUCUUGGGAUUUACUUUUCAAAGCACAAAUAGACUGAGACCCAAGACGACCAGCUAGAGGAUAUUUCUGUUGGCAAAGAAGGGCACUUCCUGGUCUGCUGAACUCACAGAGUCAGGCUGGGCCCUCUGAUGCUUCACUGCCAGUGUCCUCUUUCUCCGCUGCCGUUGUCCUAGAGAUUGGGGUUUUACGUGCAUGACCUUGAGGAUUACUUUUUGCUCUGAAAACAUUUCUAAGAUCUUUUGAAGUUUACUUCUUGUCUUGUUCUUCUACAGCUUUCUCCAGGGCAGAUCCUUUCCCCCAUCUGAACCAUUGGUCUAGGUACCCAAACUCGUAGCCCUCUCUCUGCCUCUCCCAAGUUAGACCCUGGUGUGGGAUUUGUGUUAGAACAUCUAAUCCAAGUCUGUCUGUGGUCUUUCACCGCAUAUGGCAGAGUCUCUCCCCGUGUCUCUAAAGCUUUCUAAACCACAAAGAAGCCUUCGCAAAGCUCUGUUCUCGUGCUCUCUUCCGGGUGCUCUAUCUCUGGGUGACCCUUGCUCCCAGGUUUGAUUCAGGGACAUCUUGUGCGUUCACUGGGGAGUUUGAGGCCGGUUUUCCACAGCCUAAACAGGAGGAGCUGAAGAACUGGGCUCUGGUCUGUUGGCAUUCUUUUCCAUCUUAGCAAGAGACCUAAAAUAAAAUCAGGACUUCUUCAAGAACACGUCCUAGAAUCCCAGAAUGCCCAAGCUACCCUGGACUGAGGUUUCUCAGCCUCUACACUGCUGACAUUUUAGACCAGAUAAUUCUUUAUUGUGCAGGGCUGUCCUGUGCAUCAUAGGAGGUUUAGCAGCAUCCCUGGCCUCUGCUCACUAGAUAACGUAAGUACCCCUUUCUCCAGUUGUCACAACCCAAAGUGUCUUCACACAUUGCCAAAUGUCCCAUGGGGCACAAAAUUGCCUCUAGUGGAAAAGCACUGCCCUAGAUCUUACAGGCCACAAGUACCAUAUUUGAGAUAUUCUUUUUCCUCCUAUUUCACCCUGAUAUAACUUAUCUCCUGGGAGCCUUGUUUUGGGUCAUCAAGAGGCAGGUAGGAAUAUUACUCAAGUGACAUUGUGCCCAUGUUUCCUCCUGUUUCAAAACUUCUAUUUCACAACAGAGUUUCACUUGCUACAAGUAUUCUUUCAGUCAUCCCUGGGGAAGUUGGGAACAGCUGAUUGCCAUCGCCCCUAUAAUCAACUCACACCUAUUUAAAGAGCGUUUCUAAUUUGAUCUUCAUCCCUUAGUUUGCCAGGUUAAAAAAAAUCCAGCUAUUUUCAUUAUUUCUCAUGAGCUCAUGGGUCUCAUUUUCAAGCCUUUAAUUGUUUGAGUAAAUUUUUACUUUUUCUACUUUCUGCCUUACACGCAAUGCUGUUUGUAGAAUUUAUGGAAGCCUCUGGAACGUGUCUUUUCAUCUUUAGGGAUGGAGGAGAGAGGGAUCAGUUCCAGAAGAGGGAUGACAAUUUUUUCUUCGUUGAGCUAAAUAGAAGAGAGCACGGUCUACUCUCCUUCACUUUGUAGAUGAGAAAGUCGAGGCCCAGCGGCGAGCUGACUUGCCCAGAGUCACCCAGCUGGUUGGUGACAGAAUAGGGUGAGGCUCUAGGACUCCUGCCGAUUGAUCCUUGGCCUCUUCUGGUGGAGACUGUUCCUCACUGGUGCUUAUGCUCACAUGAUCCCUAUGGAUGUGUGGCCAGGGUCAGUUCUGAAGAGGGAGGGAGACUAAGGACCCCCUCUGCCAAAGCAACAGCAUCACCCCAAUGCUGAUGCUGCUUCUCAUCCCAAGUGUCUCAUCUGACCAGAGCAUCCACAGCAGAUAUGAGAGCUGAUGGGCCUUUUCACUGCCUCUGAGGACAGUUCACUGCCACAGGCUCUGAGUCAAAUUCCUAUUUGCUAAGCAUCCCAGCAGCAAAAGUCCUGCACUCAGACCAGCCAAAAAAACAGCCCCCGUUCCGAGCACUUGGUGUUACACGUCCCGAAUGACUUUUAAACCCAAGUCUUCUUUAGAUUUCAAUACUGUAGUGGCUCUAGCCGUUUGUUUUUGUACAACUGUAAAUUAUUUAAAUCCUAUGAGAUGACAGUCAACUUUACAAACCAGGUACCUAUAAUUUGUAUAAUUUUGUAUAUGCUCUGGUACACUGACUGCACUUGUCCUAACGAAGGGUAGAACCAAUUUUGUUUGUUGGUGUUCACACCUGUGACAUUAAGAGGAUAUGUCCGCAUCGCUUAUUUCUUUAUGUUGAUGUUUCUGUGGCAAAGCCCUGCACAUGUCAUUUCUGAAAAGCCUUAAAUCUUUGAGAUGUUGCGUGUAGGGUAUGCAGUGCAAAAGGCUGCCUCGGAACUGUGAGCCCUUUUGUAAGCUGGAAGCAUUUCUCUUACUACUGUUACUUUUUUAGGGAGUUUUAAAUUCAGAGCUGCCAAAGCGUUCCAGUCAGCAGUGCCUUAGAGAUAGAGACCUUAGUCGUGCCGCCAGCCUUUUACACCAGUUCUCCACGUCCACUGACAAAUUGGCCUGAUAUCUAAAACAGAACAAGCGAAAAUUGUCUCCAUUUUGUUUCGUAAGCCCGUUUUUCUCCAGUUCUAUGGGAAACUGACUACUCUCUCUAAAAUCUGAAACUGAACCCGAGUCGUUUCUUGACCACACUCUCAAAUGUCUAUACCAAAACGAAAGGUUUUGCAACUUCGUAGUUUACUAUGAAAAGCAAAUUGUACUUUUAAUGUUGCCUUUUAAAUUCACAACCAAAUACUUAGCUAUUUGUGAAUCUUCUGCACUCUAGCAUGAAAGUGCCUUUGGUUUGAGAUUCCAGCUUAGAAAAGUGCUGCCAUAAUAACGAUAAUUUGUAGAGAGACCAAAAAUAUUUUGAGAUCACCGUAAUGCCUUUGGUUUACCAGGAUGAGUAACCAACCACAGGCCUCCGUUCACAAGAGCACGACGUGGACCCUGCCUGCUGCGAGCCUGUCUGCCGUGGGACCCCCCCCCCCCACUCACCAGUAGCACACGGCAGCAGGGGGGACCCCAGGAACUGUUGUGUUCGUGUGUGCCGACGUGUCACCUCGACUUGUCACCCGUCCCCACAUCUGCACGAGGGAACUUGCACACAGACAGCAGAAUCUCAGCCGGUGGACAGAUUUGUGCUUCUCCUUGUGUUCGUGUUCAGUCUCUGGGAGGCUUUCUGUCCCGUUCAGAUGACAGUGCGCACUUCUCUGGUUUACACAGUGAUACCAUUUUGAGAGUUGGAAGCCUCAAACCGAGACCACAGUGCAGAACAAAAACGAGUUAGGGUCAUUGCAAUUGAAGUGUUCUUCUUAGGGCGAAAAUGUUGACUCUGAGUGUUGUGUAUGAAUGUGCUGUGAGAAACUUCCAAAGAGCACCAUUCACAAUUCGGUAUUGUCAAAGAAUGUUCCAGCCCUCAAAAGGGCAACUCUUUAAAGUCCAUGUUGGCUUUUAUCAAAACCUUGUAUAAAUUGGGAAAACUGAUAGAGGUAAGGAAAAGGAGUGAAAAGGACGAGAAGGCAAAAACACCAGCCAAACAAAAGACAGGAAAAAAAGAUUUUUCUUUACCAAUUAUAGACGUAAAAAAGACAUCAGACAUCUUUGAAAGUUAGCCUCUGAACUCGUAAUGUGUAUGUUCCGUCUGUCUCUACUUGGUGUCUUUAAGAAUACCCUCUCUGGGCUCUAAAAUUUCAGGAAUGAUUUCUGUCCACACCAAGUUGUGGAUACUUAUAGAAAUUUCUACAAGAAAAAAAAAAAAUGAUUUCUAUCCACACCAAGUUUUGGGUAUUUAUAGGAAUUUCUACAAGAAAAAAAAAAAUGAAAAGGAAAAUUACUGCACACAAGUCAUCGUUAGCUGCUUAACUCCAGCCCCUCCCUGUCAGCACUGCACCACAACUUGGAAGAAAUUAGUCAAAUCCUUGUUUUCCUUCUCUUUUCAACUGUUCCUGUGCUUUGUUUGGUAAUAGUUUUCUCUCAUAAACUCAGUGCUUAUAUCAUUAAGAAUGAAGGUUUUGUGUUUAAAAUUUAUUGCAUUGCAAAGGAUAGCUUCGCUGAAGUCAUGCACCGUGAAAUAAGAUGAAAUGUUUGUAUUUAUUGUCCUGCUUCCUAAGCCGUAACUUGUUUAUUAUUGGUGAAUUUGCAUUGAGUCGGUCCUAUCCCACUUUACAUCAUUUUCGUAUUUGAAACGGCAUUUAUGUUCCCUCCGUCCAUUGUGAAAUGGAGGCAGAUUCGACUAGAUUCCCCCUCUUCCAUUAUGGGAUCAUUUCUCCUUCCCCUUUCUCUGAGAGAGGCUGACAGGAUCUAGGCGUUAAUCAAUUGGAAGCCAGUCUGAUUUUCUUAAUUUUUUUGCAUCAGUCACCUUCUGUGAUUAGUUCCACUGUGUAAAUUAGAUAUUUACUGCACUUCUUUAAAAAAAAAAAAAAAUCUCCCUGUUACCUCCUUGAAAGAUUCACUUCUGUAGGCCUUUUUCCUUAGGCUCAUGACUGCAGAUAAAGGAAAAAAAAGUAAAAACAAAAACAGUACGUGCCUGAAAAAUGACAAAAAAAAUUUUGUAACAUUUAAAAAAAGAAACCUGAAUAGCCUUUAAUUCUUUAAUAUGCUUAAAUUUUAUGUAAAUCGGUUUUUGCCACGUGUGUUUGUUCACAUUCUAAUUGACUUAAUGGGGUUCUCACGGUCUGUGUCUUCAUGUCACGUGUAUAAAAUGGGCUUGUGACGUAAGCGUUUCCUCUGGUCAGUGGUUCCUUUGCUGUUGUACUGCUGCUGGGAGUGGGCCGCGGAACCUGCCUUUGGGUAAUGAGGUUCCUCCUGGGUAGAUUGGAGAGCUGGGGGUUGGGGGGCAAAUUCUCACACACGUUUUCUUAAUCUAUUUGCAGAAACUUUCAAAAGGCAUUUGGGUCAAUCUCCUGGCAGUACAGUAUUCUCGUAUUUGUUAACGUCUGUGUUUAGGUACUGGUACCUUUUCGUUUAAAAAUGUUAAGUGUUGGCUUUAAAGUGAAUUUAUCUUUAGUAUGAUAGUUAUAUGAAAAUUAUAGGGUUCGUGUGCAGAGAAUUUUUUUAUAAAGUGCUUUGUAAAAAAAAAAAAUGUAUUCUAGCUUUCGCGGUACAUAUGUGUGAUAACUUUAAUAUCCAUGACAGUUAAGUGCAAUUAUUUCAUCACUCUAAAAAUGCUAUUUUUGUGUCAGUUCCUGCAGGUGUUUUCAUGUCUUUGCAAAGUGACACAUUUUGAUGCCUUCUUGAUAAAGUGGUAGACAUUUUGUAGCUUUCUAGAAACUUUGUAUUCAUACGGUAUCAAUGAAAAAUAAAGAAAAUGAAAGUGUGGGUCACCUUUUU